AUGUUUUACCUCCAACCCUCCCCCCGCUCGAAAUCAGUCAAGAAGCCUAACCACCGCCGCGAAGCUAGUAGUUCGGACGGCUAUGUCACUGAACGCUCUACACCACGCAGGGUUGUCCGAGCAACCCGUAAUAAUGCAACUCGGGCCCUCACUCUACCAACUUCCUCCUCGAUGACUGCCCUCAGUCAUCUUGACCCUCGUCCUCUUUCCGCCCGCUCUCGCUCGUCAUCCAGUUCAAGUUCAUCGUCUUCAGCGGAUCGCCUUCCUUCCCAGCCACCCCCGGCUGGCAUUCGCCGCAAGGUUGCAGCGACACUACAACUAUUCAAGGAGACAAAGGAAAGUGGCAGCUCGAGGGCUGGCUCGUCGAAGCGUGCUGAGGAUGUGGCCGAGGCAAAAUUUGAGUUCCUCAAACGGUCCGAGUGGCCGGAUAGAGAGGCGGCUGCGAUUCGGCGGGAAAAGAGCUUGACGGCUCUCCGCCGUGUUAAAACAAGAGAGAGCGUUGUGCAAGAGGACGUCGCAAAUUCUCCAGCUCGCGAUUCGGUCGUGAAAGAUGUGAUGUCAUGGCGUGAAGACGUCUCGAAUUCACCGGAGAAUAGCCGGGGUCGACCUCGACAGAGACCUACAGAAGAACAGCAGGUGUUUGACUUCGAGCCUUCACAUCGACCUUAUCCUCCUUCACCUUCUCCCUCACGCUCAGUCCGUGUCCCUUCAAUCCGUUUCCGACACGAGGCUAGUCCUCGUGAAGCCUCAUUUAACAAUACUCCAACGCCCGAAGCUCCUUUCCCCCCUCCUCGGCCUCCCACCAAGUCGCCACCUCAUCCAGAACUUACCGUCCCAUCCCAGCCGACCGACUUAUCCAGUUUUUCUCCAUGGUCUACUGACGACGAGUCUGCAUGGGAAACUGCCUCCGUAACUACCACGACCUCAACAACCUCAGCCGGUCCUUCCCAAUCCUACUACCAUCCUCCUCAACGACCGCCAUUAUUACACGAAACGACACAGAAGCCCAAAUAUCAUGGAUUGCUUGACCUCGAUGCUGAUCUCACCGAGCAACUUCCACACAUUCCCCUUCGGCCGUUUCGGAAUCAAGUUGGCGGCCAUAGCGCCAUUUACAAAUUUACUAAACAGGCUGUCUGCAAGCCGCUGGUCUCCCGUGAGAACCUGUUUUACGAGUCUGUAGAGCGAGAGGCGCCUCCCCUUCUCGGGUAUAUUCCGCGUUAUCUGGGUGUUAUGCUCGUCACCUAUCGACGGGUUCCAAAAGCACCCGCUUCUCCGCCGACAUCUAACAAUGACACCUCAACUCCGUGUCGUGUUACCAACGAUCGGGAUGAUGGUGUUAUCACAGAGGCCGAGCAAGACGGACAUGGCGACACUGAUACUGAUUCUGCAGAAAUGCCAGAAGUGGCAUUAGACCACAAUCGCCAUAUUAUUCCUGAAUGGCUGUUACGAGGUCGAAGGCGCUCUUCUUCUCAGUCAAAUGCUACUCUUCCUUGGAUGGAUCGUCGGACCCAUUGGAGUAGCGGCGCGGUUUCGAGUCCAGAUCUUGGAGUACCUUCGCUGAUGAAUGUUACACGGACGCGCCCCAGCCCGUUGACACGUUAUCCACCAUUCGUCACGAGCGAUAUGGAUGCUCCAACACCUGUCAAUUCACCCAGUCAAUCUACCCGAGCUUUCCCAUCGAGUUUAGCAGGAAAACCUGUCGCUCCGCCCCCAUUCCUCGCAAACCAUGUCUCUGAAGACGACGACAAUCUCCACAGGCCUAUAUUACCGUCGUUUUCUUCGACUCCGCUCCCUCAGUCGCCUUGGUUUGGUGGCUUAGGGUCAACGACAGUGAAUACACGAUUGAAGGAUCACGUGUUCAGCACUGUGUUGCGACGCUUCCGGCGACGAACUGGAGGAAGAUUAGCAGCAGACAGUCGCACGGACGACGAUGGCGACAUUGCUGAUGUCGAAACUGACGAAGGAGGACGCUAUCGUCCUGGCCCUCGUCGAACACGCAGUGGCAAGAUGCGACCGUUGAUUAGUCAGGUUGAACGCUUGCGAACAGCUGAACCCCCGAUACCGCCUAUCCGACGCGUUCACAGCGAGACCACCAUCGCCAGUCCUGGUAAACUGGAAGCACUGGAGUUGGAAGAGCACCGAAGCAAAAACAUGAUUGAUGUCUUUGACAUGGAUUUCGAGCAUCCUCGAAUGAAAAGCUUCCACCACCGUGCUUCGACCUCGCCUGACUGGCGGGAUGUUGAUCUCUCCCCUUCAUUUACUCGACGCCGCAGUCGAUCGCGUUCACUUAAUCUCGGUGUCUCUCCUCCUCCGCCACUGGCAAGACAAUCUCCAUCAUUAUCUUUACUCGAGAUGGACCCGUCGGUCACCCGGCAAAACCAUUUUAUCCUCAUGGAGGACCUCACCGGACGACUGAAACAUCCUUGUGUCAUGGAUCUCAAAAUGGGCACACGUCAAUAUGGUCUCGAUGCGACGUCGGUCAAGAAGAAGAGCCAGCGGAAGAAGUGUGAGCGAACAACGAGCAGAAGUCUCGGGGUCAGGGUAUGUGGUAUGCAGGUCUGGAAUCACGUGACCAAUGCAUAUGUCUCACAAGACAAGUAUAUGGGUCGCGAUGUUCGCCCAGAACAAUUUGCAGACGUCUUGGCAUCUUUUCUGCACGAUGGCGAGCGCUUACUUGCCUACCAUAUUCCGAUCCUACUCCAGAAGCUGUACGGUCUUGCUCGCAUCCUUCAUCGCUUGAAAGGUUAUCGCUUUUAUGGAUGUAGCCUUUUGCUUAUCUAUGAUGGCGAUCGAGAGUUACAGGACCACCUGCGCUCUUGUACGCAAGAGCAGCCUUCGUCAGUCAGCAAACGCGGAGAGUCGCUGGAGCGCCCAAGUCCUGAUAAGCCUCAGCUACGCCGGACCCACAGCGAGGACCUGUUAGCCGGCCCCGUGAGAAAGCGGAGCAGGCGGGGACGCGGGGAAAUCAAUGUGCGAAUUGUGGACUUUGCUCAUACGACAACUGGCCGUGACUGGUUACCCUAUACCGACAAUCGGACCCACGAGUCGCAGCAGAACCAAGGCUACCAGGCAGAUGUUGACCCGGAGACUGGGCUUAUCUACGCCCGUUUUCCGCCACACUACCCCGAGGAGGCCGACCGCGGGUUCCUGUUUGGCCUGCGGAGUCUGGCGUCGACGUUGGAGCAGAUAUGGAACAACGAGCGCAUCAGACGGAUCAAGGCGGGCGGAGAUAACGAGCCGCGACUGCCGCCGCUGUCCACCGAUGGCAAGGAAAUUUUUGACGAGAUUUUCGGGGCACCAGACGAGGACCCAGGCAUGGUUUCGACGUAA